CGCCCUAGAAACGGUUCAGUUUUAGGCAGAGGACGUCGGGUGUCAGCUGGCGGGAUUAACGUUUUGGACUUUUUUCAACCAUCUCCUUUUCCCAGUGACUUUACUAAUCGCCUUUUUCCCCUUGAGGGGCUUUAACAAUCGCACUUUUGGAUGCGAUUCCCUCCUUUCUGAUGCUAUCCUUGGAAAAAUGCAUUGUUUUGGUGUCUGCAAGCUUAAUUAAUGGUGGUAACGAAGGGAGAGGCGCGCUGCAGGCAGCACACAUGCCUCCCAGUCCUGAGCUUGCCUCCGUGCUGACAUGCAUCGCCGAACCACGGGUCUGCGGCCAAACUGUCCGUCCUCCCUCGCAUCAGGCCUGAGCUACGCAGGCAGCGCUCGAGCUGAACAGCCCCUUCCCUUGCAUCUGCACAUUGAGGGGCUGCUCGGAAGGGAGCUCAGCUACAUGUAACUUCAGUGAGGGGUUGCCCUUAAAAGCAGGUGGUGCCUCGCCAGGGCACUUCUGGUCCGCGUGGCGUGCUGGGGCUUGGUUCUUGGGGCACGACCUGCUGCGAGUGGAUGCGGGCUCACGUGUUGGACCCGUGUCACGCAAGCUGGGUGCUUCUACUUGUGACUGCAGCCUGCUUGAAGGCAGUUUUUGGAGAUCAGAAGCGGGUAAAGCCAUGCAGCGUCUGCGUGCAGGCUCUUGGGCGUUUCUCGGCCGCCCGCGCUGUGCUGAUCCAGGGGUGGUGGCCCUCGGUCCUCCCCAUCACCCCGCCAGCGGAGCCAGGGGACGUGGGACCCGCAGCGCAGCUCCCUCUCCUGCCCCGGGCAGAUGCGUGUGUCUCUGUCUGCCUACACAGGACCAUUUGUUGUGGAAAGUUUGUUUUGGCAGGAGUAGGGUGACACGUACAUGCAAAUGCUAAGAGUAAAAUUAAAGGAGGAAAUUUGAAUGCUCUCUCAGGGACAUUUUCAAGAGCCACGUGCAAGUUUUCCUGCAGUAUGUUUAAACUAGUCCCAGAAAAGUGACUAAUGAUGUUUACACGAGCACUUGUGAAGCUGAGGACCGAAUUUCCACUGCUUUUCCUUGCUGCCUUCCUCAGGCAUCCACUACGGUGCCGAAACCGCAGCUUCCCAGGGCUGGCCCGGCCGCCCCCCCUGCCUCGCUCAGCGGCAGCCACCGUCUUCGUCCCUCUUCAGACGUCGUGCAAAGAGAAGAUAAUGUGAAGGGGCUGUAAGAACCAAACGAGAUGGAUGGAGAGCUGUACUGUGCUGAGAUGGAUGGAGAACUGCCCUCUGCCAUGGAGGAUGUCGGAGGAGAGGUGGCCUGUGCCAAGAGUGAGAGCAAGGCAAAAGGAGAAGUGCCUGGUGCCGAGAGAGAUGCUGAAGGAGCGAUGACCGGUGCUGAGAGCGAUGCAAAAGGAAAGGCGCCUUGUGCUGAGAGCGAUGGGGAAGGAGCGAUGCCCAGCGUCGAGAGCGACACAAAAGGAAAUGCGCCUUGUGCUGAGAGCGAUGGGGAAGGAGCGAUGCCUGGCGUUGAGAACAAUGCAAAAGGAAAGGCGCCUUGUGCUGAGAGUGACAGGGAAGGAGAGAUGCCCAGUACUGAGAGUGAUACUGAAGGAGAGACGCCGGGCGCUGAGAGCGAUGCAAAAGAAGAGGCACCUUGCGCUGAGAUCCCUGUUGCUUCAAAGAAAAUCUCUUCUAUUUCUUCUCCCUUGCGGGCAAUCAUCCACCUUCGACGACAAUUCCGGAUGCAAAAGAAAAGUCGUCUGCAUUUAGAGCUCCCUAGAGAAAAAUCUUCAGAGCUGGUCCAAACGAGGCUGCUUCGAAGGCAGAUUUCCCUGAACCGAACUGGCCUGUAUGGCUCUCCCAUGUCCUUCUUUAAUCAUGGCAGCUUUGAAAAUUCACAGUACUUCACCUUUGACACAUCUGUGGACCAUUAUGCUAUCAAUAAAUGCAGGCGGAAGAAGAAACGUAGGAAGUCUAGGAUAGUCCUGUAUCCAGAUAAAACAAAACGAUAUCUUCCAACAGAGGAGAAGAGCAAUGCAAAACGCUGCCUUCUCUUGCUUAUUGUCAUUAUCUUCUUCCAGAUUCUAAAUGCUAUUGAGAACCUGGAUGAUAACCUCCAAAAAUAUGACCUAGAUGGCUUGGAGAAAACUAUGCACCGGGAAGUAUUUGGGCAGAAUGUUGCUGUGGAAAGUAUUAUGGAAUUGCUGAAAGACUAUCUGGCCACCCACAUACACAACAAGCCUCUGGUAAUUUCUUUAAAUGGUCCAGUAGGAGUUGGGAAGAGCCAUGUUGGUUGGCUGUUGGCGAAACAUUUUCGUUCUGUCAUGGACAAUGAUUUUGUGCUUCAGUACUUUGUGAUGCAUCAUUGUCCAAAUGCAGUAAGUGAUCUUACUUGCCAGAUAGAUUUGUCUAAGAAGAUUUCUGACAUGGUUACAAGAGCUGAAAUAGAAGAGAAGAUACCAUUGUUUAUUCUGGAUGAGGUUGAACUCAUGUCUCCAGUCCUGCUGGAUACUCUCAGCCGAUUCUUUGAACCCAAUCAAACCAAUGAGUUCCUCAAUGCCAUCUACAUUCUAAUAAGCAACAUAGGAGGUAGUGAAAUAACAAAGUUUGUUAUCCAGAAUGCAUCCACUGAGCUUCUGCGUCAGCAAAGGGGAGUUGAAGAACUGCUGAACAUCAUCCAGCCUUUACUGAUCCAUGCCCACCCUCUCUGGAAGUCUGCGGACAUUGUCCCAUUUGUUCUUCUGGAGAAGAGUCACGUCAUAAACUGCUUCCUAGAGGAGAUGAGGAGGGAAGGGUUGUAUCCUGACCAGAAGAAUAUUGAAAAUUUAGCCAGUCAGCUCAGUUACUACACUACAGGGGACAAGCAGUACUCCAGAAUGGGCUGCAAGCAGGUUGUGGCCAAAGUCAAUCUACUGUAGUGAUUUACUGCAGAGACCAAUUCCUGCUCUCAGGAUUAGCAGAGUUCUGGGCUUAGAGAGGAGUACCUUAUAGCAGACUGUGGUCAUGGUGUCCUUUCUGAGGCCAGCUCUGAUUCCGUCCCAGUGGAUGCAUUGUAAGAGUGUUCGAGGUUGUGACACAGCAGCCCAGACUCCUCUACUGUGUAAGCUCUGUCCUCCUCCAGAUGCAUCACUCGUUCCUAAUGUUCUGUGAAUGCAGCAUGGUCAAUGAAACCCAGUCAACCUCCCAUUAAUUUGGAAGUGCUUUGUCUGUUCCUCACAUGCUUGUGUGGGAUAUUUGCCAUGAAGGAUUUUUAAGAUGAGAACAGAUGCUGUGAGAUAAUAUAAAUAGAAGGAGUAAAUAGUAACGCAUUUGGAUUUACUGUCUCAGCAGUACACAGAGCCUUGUAUUAUUCCUUCUGUGGCCUCACGGUCUUCACCCCUUUACUUUUGUUGGUCCUGGCUGGUCUUGUGCAAGGGCUGGUGGUUCUGCAGAGCAGAGGCAAUGCUGACAGUCGGGGGACAUCUGGGACAUCUGGAAGAAUCUGUGGCUCUUUUGUCACCCAAAUGCCCUGGAAGUCAGGGCGCUCUGCAUUCUCCAGUUCCUACGUGACUGCACUCUUGUAAAACUCUCUUGUGUCCUUGGAUUAGUUCCUAAGUUGUAGCUCUUCUGAGCUCAUACCUUAGCUCACCUUUGGCACCUCCAGCAAGCUUCCUUCAGUGCAAGUUUGUUUGGGCUUGCCUCAACGACUGCUCAGAUGUGCCAGCUAUGCAGAAAUAGCUGCUGGAUUGUCUAGGGUCUGGUGGUGGCAACUUGUCCUAAAAGCUCUUCUGCUUUUUGCUUCUGGGUACACUUCACCACAUGCAUUAUCUAGAAAGCCCAAAAUAGCAGCUGACAGAUAUCGAGCAGUACACACUGGAAAAGACAAUUUGGGCUGUCUGUGCCAAGUAUAGCAGGAAUCCUGGGCUUGUUUCCAGUCCUGCAAGGCCAAAAAAGGUUCUUUACCAUUGAGACCCGGGGAGAGCAUGUUGCCUGGAAGCACCUUUGAAAAAGCGUGCGUCCUUGUUUUGAGCAGGCAAACUGAGCAGUUAUUUAUGACCUUGCUUUUUCAGGUUUUGUUUAUGUGCCUGGAUCCCCUUCUACAAUUUGCUGUGAAUUACCAUAUACAUAAUCCUGUGGAUGUUUGCACUGGUUGUUUGAUUUGCGUCUUUCUAAUAGUGAGUCUCCAAAGACUUCCAUCACAAAAUCCCGCUUCCAGAGCUAUUGCGAGGAAUAAAUCCACAAAUAAAAUUCUUCAAAGUACA